AUGCGUUUCACGCACGUCGCUCGUUCUUCAUGGGACAUCAUGGCGUCAGUGAUCAUCCAUCGCCCGCCAAUCGUUGCCCCUCAAAUGACGGCCAUCGAGAAAAGAUACGCAGCCGUGCAGUCGCAGAUCGAGAAGGAGAAUUCACUGCUCAACGACUAUGAGAUCAAAUCGAAAAAGGAUCAGAUAUUACUGGAGAGAAAGGCCAAACUCGAAGCGGCCGGUCGUGAUCUGUCGGAAUUGGAGGGAGAAUUGGAAGUCACCAAUCAAAUGCGCGAACAAGAAUGGCAAAAUAAAGCCACUCAACUCGCUAAAAGAUACAAAUUCGACGAUGCUGAGAAGAUUGAGGGUGACGUUGAUGAGAAGGAUGAAAAGAGAUUGGCCGACAAGGAAUUGGUACUCGUCGUGAAACAGCGAUAUGGAAGAGAAGAUGGAUAUCAGAGUCCAUGGCAAUUCCCAGAAAUAUCCACGCGACAAGGAGAACCCCUCAGACAGAGUGCGGAACGUUGUGUGGGCGAAUUGUUGAUGGGUGAUGUAUCUAUUCAAGGAAAUGCUCCAAUAUCUGUCUUUACCCUUCGAUAUCCCAAACCGAUGGCCGAUGCAAAGAAGAAAAGCGGCUCCAAAGUCUUUUUCUACAAUGCCAUUUUGGGGGCAAAGACGGCUAUCAAAUUGAAUACAACAGAGUUUCCGGAAUACGCGUGGGUGUCAGCGGAAGAAUUUGUGAAACGAGUUCCGGGCACCGAUUAUCGAUCAGCCGUCAGAACAUCCUUCCUCCAA